AUGGCUUUAUUGGAGUCAUUGCUUGUUCUUUUUGUCUCAGUUAGUUUGAAGAUGGUGAAAGUGUUAGAUUCUUGCCAAAACACAACCAUGCUCUCCAUCUUCCAUUCUACCAAGUUGGUUUCUAGGAAAUCACUGUUUAUGGAGGUUGAUGAUGAUGAGAUUGCAAUGUGUCAUGGUUUUGGUAUUGAUUGUGUGAGUGAUAAGUACAAGGUAGUGCUUGUUAUUCCUGAUCCUAGUAGUGAUAAUCUUCACAUAACAGUUACUAAAGUUUAUGCAUUUGGUGAUGAUUCUUGGACCACAAUUCAGGGUUCGAGUUUCCUUGGUGAUACCACAAAUGGGUUAGGGAAAUUUGUGGGUAACACUUUGAAUUUGGGUGGCAACCCUGAGGGGCCUAUAGAAGCAGUUUUGAAAGAUUGUCUUUGUGUUUGUUAUGAUCAUGAGGAAACCCAUUUGGUUGUGUGGCUAAUGAAGGAGUAUGGAGUUAAGGAGUCUUGGGUUAAAUUGAUGGCUAUCCCUCAUGUGGAACUUCAGGUUUUUGGGUUUGUGCCUCAUAUAGAGCCAUUGUGCAUGUCAGAGGAUGGUGUGGUUCUAGUGUAUACUACCUUCUUCGAGUAG